AUGACUGUUGUCUUUGAUAAUUUUUUUCCGCCAUUUUUUUGUUUUCUCUGUUUAUCUUUUCUUUCCGUUAUUUUUCGUUUUCUGUUUUUCUUUUCGAUAUUUUUGUUCCACUUUGUUUCAUUGUUUUUCUCUUUAACCAAAUCUUUCUUUUCAUCAUUGGCUACGGUAACUGUUUUCUCUUUUCUGUCUUUUUCCUUCUUUAUAUCCAAUACCUCUUUUUCCUUUCUUUCUUUCUUUCUUUCUUUCUUUCUUUCUUUCUUUCUUUCUUUCUUUCCUCCCUCCUUCUCUAAGUUUAUCUUUCCUUCCGCCAUUGUUUCCUGUAUCCUUUUAAUUCCUUUCUCUGUUUCAUUGUAUCUCUUUUUAAACAUUUCUCGAUCUCUUUUUCUCUCUCUUCCCCCGCUCUCUUUCUUCUGCGUUUAUUCCGUCAUUAAUUCUUUUGCCAUUGAUAAUUUCUUCUUCCUAUUCUUCUUAUUAUUCUUCUUCUUUUCUCCUACUUCUCCUCCUCCUCCUCCUCCGUCUUCAUUUAUUAUACUCUUCUUUCUCUUUCUCUUUCUCCUCCUUCUUCUUCUUCUUCUUCAUUUCUCAUCCUCAUUCCCCUCAUCCUCUUCCACUUCCUCCUUUUUCUUCUUCUUCUUCUUCUUCUUCUUCUUCUUUUCUCCACCUCCUCCGUCUGCUCCUCGUUCUUCUUUAUUUCUCAUCAACAUCCUCCUCCUCUUUCUCUUCAUCCUCUUCCGCCUUCUCCUUUUUCUUCUCCUUUUUCUUCUUCUUUUCUCCUCCUCUCUCUUCUCCACCUCCUCCUUCUUCAUUUCUCAUCAUUAUCCUCCUCUUUCUCCUCAUCCUCUUCCUGUUCCUCCUUUUUCUCUUCUUCUUCUUCUUCUUUUCUCCUCCUCCUCCCUCUUCAUUUCUCAUCCUUAUUCUCCUCAUUCUCUUCCUCUUCCUCCUUUUUUCCUUCUUUUCUUCAUUUCUCCUCUUCCCUCUCCUCCUCCUUUUCUCCUCCUCCUUCUUUUCUCCUCCUACUCCUUUUCUCCUCCUACUCCUUUUCUUUUCUCCUCCUACUCCUUUUCUCCUCCUACUCCUUUUCUCCUCCUACUCCUUUUCUCCUCCUACUCCUUUUCUCCUCCUACUCCUUUUCUUUUCUCCUCUUCCUCCUCCUUCUCCACUUUUGCCCCAUUGCCGUCCCUUCCCCCAUUGCUUAGAUUUUGUAGAAGAAUUAAGAAAUUAGCAUCAAAGUCCGCAUUUUUGUACCCAUUUCAGUUCUUUGUAUAUUCCCCUUCUUUCUUUCUUUCUUUCUUUCUUUCUUUCUUUCUUUCUUUCUUCCCUCCCUCCUUCUCCAAGUUUAUCUUUCCUUCCGUCAUUGUUUCUUGUAUCCUUUUAUUUCCUUUCUCUGUUUCAUUGUAUCUCUUUUUAAACAUUUCUCGAUCUCUUUUUCGCUCUCUUCCCGCGCUCUCUCGUUUCCUUACAUCUCUUUAUUGUUUACCGCGUCUUUACUCUCCUUUCUUUCUCCUUUUCAUCAAUUACCUCUUAUAG